GUUUUUACAACAACUUCCAGAAGUACUAAAGGAGCUACUCCUACGUCUCCAGAUGACUUACUCAGCACAUUGCGUGAUGAAGAGGAGAGUAUCCAAAAACGUGACGAGGUCGCAGCUAAGCUAGAGGAGCAAGACACGAGCACGAUGAUCAAAAUGAGAGAAGAAAAACUUCGAAUUGAAAGCGCGGAAGUUGUCACCGAACAUUAA